CCAACUGUUUGGAUGAAGAAACCAGAGGUUAGGUCAAGAUCAGCUUCACCUAUUCAUGGAGGAGGUGGUUCCAAGUCCUCGCCCACCCACAAAGGAAUGGCCUCGCCUGUUGAUGGAGCCUGGUCACCACUCAGUAGAGAACAGAGUGCCUUGCUUGAGACAGCUUGGAGAACCAGAGAAACUUCAAUUAAAAUAGCAGAGGAAGAUUUUAAUUUGGAUACUAUGAUGGUCACUAUUGAGAGAGGAGGAAUAAAGCAGAGAGUUGGUAGCAUAUCAAGGUCCUUUAAUCCUGGUAUUUGGGUCUGGUAUUCGCACUGCGUGAAGACCAGCUCUGUGAGCGUUAAACUGGGUCUCGUUCAGAUUGAUAAUCAGUUAGAUGAUGUGGAACUACCCACGAGAGUCGUGUUCUCAUCUAAAGAAAUGCAGCAUUUAUCUGAAGAGAUCACUGAUCCUUUUCUUGAUUUCAUUAUAACUCUUAGUACACGGAAUCCUUUCUCUAUCAGAGAGAUUGAAAAAUGUUUUUUGAAGAUCAAGCCAUUGCGUGUUAACAUUGAGCUUGGAGUGGUUGCUGCCCUGCUCCCAUUCACUGAUGUCAUAAUGGCCACUGGAAGCGAUGAGUUUUCAGAACUGGGCAAAGAAGACAUGUCAUUGAUUAAUAAACCACUUAAAGAUAUUUUAAAAACUGACUCAUUAGUUAAAGUAAGGACUGUUAAUCACAUUGAUGUCCUCCAAAUAGCUCAAGCAUCUUUGUCAGUUACUUAUACAACAGCUGGUGAAUAUGAUUUGAGCUCUCAAUGGGGCAAAGUAGUUAAUGCUCUCAUUCAUUUUGCCCUAAUAACUAAAGGAUCAUUUGACAUCAAUUUAAAGUCAGUUACUAUAAGCAAUGAAGUAUUGGAUGCUGAACAAAUCAAGAGGCUAAUAUGGGGCCAUUACAAGAAUGAGAUGCUGUUGCAGUUCCAAAGGUUUGCGCUUGGCCUUGACGUGAUUGGUAAUCCUGUCAAACUCUUGAGCAGUUUCCAAGUCGGAGCUAAAGACCUAGUGAACUUCUCACGUCAAGGUUUAACUGAAGGGGAUGCUGGUACUCAUAUUGCUGCUGGUGUGAAAAGCUUUCUUGGACAUUUUAUUGAAGGCAGUGCUGGUUCUGGUGUAAGAUCAACAGCCGUCCUUAGCAGUCUCCUCCUAGCAGCCACUGACAUUGAAUACCAAAGAAAACACCGCUACAUGAGGCAGGCUAGGAACGAAAACGAUUUGACAUCAAACCUAAAACUGGGCAGUACCUUUUUUAUUAAGGGUGUGUUUCAUGGUGCUACUGAUAUCAUUGUGAAGCCAAUAACUGGUGCAUCCAGUAAAGGCUUUGAAGGUUUCAUGAAGGGAAUAGGACGAGGUGCUAUAUCAGUACUUGUAAAACCAACACUUGGUGCUGUUGAUUUAGCUAAAUACACUAUGGAAGGAAUAAGAAGUUCAGUUGAUGACGAACUGACUGUUGAAACAUCAAGGCUGCCUCGUUUAAUACACAGUGAUAAGGUAGUGACACCUUACAACAGUCAUGAGGCUGAAGGAUUGUACAUUGUUCGACAUCUCUCUGAGCCUCUCCUUAAUGAUCACUAUGUCUUUCAUGAGUGGCUUCCUUCUCCAAGCCCUUCAGCUGAUCCAUUGCUUUUAUUAGUCACAUCAAGACAACUGAUGCAGUUAUGCAAGUCCAAGAGACACUAUCGAUGUGAAUGGUCCACUGGAUUGGACAGUAUCAUCCAAAUAAAAGCAAUGAAAUAUUCAACUGAAGAUCAUCAGAGCAAGAAUGAUUACACUGACUUUGGAAUACUGCUGGAAUACAAGGAUGAAAAUAUCUUCCGAAAGAAGCAGAAUAAAUUUCUCUUAAAGCUUGAAGAUACAGUGGGGGCAGAGCUUAUUGAAGAAAAAAUCAACAAUGCUAGAAAAACAUUUAUAAAGCAAGAUGAUGGAUGAGGUCAUGUUUUUAAAUGUUGUAUCAUUGUAUUUUAUAACAUUUUAUUCUUCUUAUAACAAAUUAUUUAUAAUUUUUCUGAAAUAUAUUCUAUUUUUCUGCAAAUCUCAUUAUUAUUUUUAAUGUAA